ACCUGUGAGGACGGAGAAGAUGGCGGGUGUAGACCUAAACAUGGAGUCAUCGGAGGGAGGCCUGAAGGAGCUGGUGCUCAGGUGGUUCACUGAGACUCAGGCACCGCUCAUCCUCAACAACGGGAACUUCCCCGACUGGUUUCAAGGCUUCGCCGCACGAAAGGACACAGAAGAUCUGCUGAGAGAUAAAGCUCUGGGCUGUUUUCUCAUUCGCCUCAGUGAUAAAGCCGUCGGCUACAUCCUGUCCUACAAGGGCCAGGAUAGGUGCCGCCAUUUUGUCAUCACCCAGAAUCCCGAUGGGCAGUUCGCCAUAUCGGGAGACAGUCAGACGUACCGCAGUCUCAAAGAGCUCAUCGAGCAUUACAAAGUCAGCCCCAUCCAGCCCUUUGGAGAAUACCUCACCUCCAGUUGUUAUGAGGUGAACGAAGGUGAGCUGUACGAUGUGGUGAACUACAAAGCCAGAGGGACGCCUGGGGUGAGCGUCCAAGCUCUGCGGACUCUGUGGAACCACAAACAUGAUCGCCACAGCGACCCGGGCACGAACCAGAGGAUUCAGCAGCACAACGACAGUCCUGCAGUUCAGCUGCCUGCACUGCCACUGAAAUCUAAGAGCAGAAAGCUGACGGGAGCGGCGUCUGUAGACACAACGUCCCUCUCACAGGGCGUUCCUCCGGUACCAAAGAGAGGCCUUCCUCUGGGCUUCACUCUGAGUGACACAACAUCACAUCCAAGUGAAACCCAGACCGACCCGAACAGACCAGAGACACCCAGAGGAACCGCAGACCCAGCAGAUGACCCACUGAUGUCUGACACAGACUCGUCUAACACCCCUGACACCAACUAUCCAGGUGAUCUUUGUCCACCAGGUUUCUCUGAGCUCACACAGCUGGUGAGCAGAAGCAAAUCUCUACCGAGACUCAGCAGCAGCAGCAUGGAGGAGGAGGAGGAGGAGGAGGAAGAGUACUCGAACCGGCUCAGUCACUCCUUCUCAACAUCUUACUCACCUUCUCUGCUGAAGAGGGUCACCUGUCCCACCGACUCCCUCCACGAGCCGAGCAGCUCCAGCUCGGAGCAGCAGGCUGCUGAUGCAGAGAUGUUGAAGUCCAACCCGCUGUACCAGAUCUCAGAGAGGGCUGGAGGAGGGAGGUCAGCUCAACAGGGAGAAGGCAUGUACGCCGAGGUCCCCCACAGAUCCCCCCGAGAUGGGCUGCCUGAUAACACCUACUCCCUCCACGAGCCGAGCAGCUCCAGCUCGGAGCAGCAGGCCGCUGAUGCAGAGAUGCUGAAGUCCAACCCGCUGUAUCAUACCUCGGAGGGGGCUGGAGGAGGGAGGUCAGCUCCGCAGGGAGAAGGCAUGUACGCCGAGGUCCCCCACAGGCCCCCUCGAGGUGAGCUGCCCGAUAACACCUACGAGCAGAUCCCUGGGGAGGCCAUGGCCGUCCACGGCAACACCUACGAAUCGUUGGAAGACUUGAAGACCAAGAAGUCCAAAUUCACCUGGAAGAAAAAUAAUGUUAAAUGGAAAAAUUUCCUCCCUGAUUACAAGAAGAAAUAAAAGGACUCAGCGACUGAUUGAUAUUGAGACAGAAAUGGAAAGAGCAUUACAAAUAAAUCCCUUUUAUAAUGGCAUUUUAUUAACCCUCUGAGACCCACAAUAGACCCGUUUUUAGUCUUCUUCAUGGGGGUACAGGAGGUCUU